CCUUCUCAUUCCCUCUUCCUAUCUCACAAAUCCCAACAAGCUCUUGUACAUUAUUACAGUCAUGGCAACCUCGGCAAUCCAACAGUCAGCCUUUGCCGGCCAGACCGCUUUGAAGCAGCAAAAUGAGCUUGUCCGGAAAGUCGGCGUCUCCGGAGGUCGCGUCUCGAUGCGCCGCACCGUAAAGAGUGCUCCCCAGAGCAUAUGGUACGGGCCGGACCGCCCAAAGUACUUGGGCCCAUUCUCGGAGCAAACCCCAUCGUACCUGACCGGCGAAUUCCCCGGUGACUACGGAUGGGAUACAGCCGGAUUGUCAGCUGACCCAGAGACAUUCGCCAGGAACCGUGAGCUGGAGGUCAUCCACGCCCGAUGGGCCAUGCUGGGCGCACUGGGAUGCGUCUUCCCUGAAAUCCUGGAGAAGAACGGAGUCAAGUUCGGUGAGGCGGUGUGGUUCAAAGCGGGGGCCCAGAUCUUCUCGGAGGGUGGGCUGGACUACCUUGGCAACCCCAACCUAGUCCACGCCCAGAGCAUCCUUGCAAUAUGGGCUUUCCAGGUUGUACUGAUGGGCUUCGUAGAGGGAUACAGAGUAGGUGGGGGCCCACUUGGUGAAGGCCUGGACAAAAUCUACCCAGGUGGAGCCUUCGACCCACUGGGGUUGGCGGAUGACCCCGACGCUUUCGCGGAGUUGAAGGUGAAGGAGAUCAAGAACGGACGGCUGGCUAUGUUCUCCAUGUUCGGAUUCUUCGUUCAGGCUAUCGUCACUGGAAAGGGCCCAAUUGAGAACCUGUUCGAUCACCUCGCCGAUCCCGCUUCCAACAAUGCAUGGGCUUAUGCUACAAACUUUGUCCCUGGAAACUGAUUCCCAACUUUGAUUGUAACACUUGGAGUAUAUAAUAUUCAGCCUCGUUAAAAUUGUGCUUCUUUCUUUCUUUCUUUCUUUCUUUCUACGGAAUACUUAUAUCUAGCUCUAGCUGUA